GAGUGUUGACAGGUAUGCAAGCCGUUCCCGAAGCAGUGCUGUUUUACAACUGAUAUUUGGACAUCUAACGUAAGUUGAGCGUAUUGGACACUUCAGUUUUUCAGAUCUUUGGAAUUGUUUUGUUAGACAGUAGUAAUAAAGAGAAAAAGGUCCAUUUAUAAAAAUAGUGGAAAAUGACAUCUGUUAUAUAAAGCAACUCAUUUACAGUUAAUUGUUAUUUCUACCUCUUUCCAGUCACAGAGCACUUUAUUUUGAGAGUUGUUUAAGUGAGAGAAGAUCCUGUAACUUAGUGCAGUUUGGGGGAAAUUGUAGUGUUUAAUAAUUUAUUUUAUUAUGAAAAUAAAAUGUUGCAUUGAAGAAAGGUAGAUUUUGUUUGUAUAUGUGGUCAAUAAUGGUUCUUGGAAAGAAAAUCGGAAUCGGGAAAAAUCGGUAUCGGCAGGUCACACUUGCAAAAAAAUCGGAAAUCGAAUUCGGCCAAGAAAAUUGCAAUCGGUGCAUCUCUGUCCGCCACACUACACAUAAACUGAGUGUGGUGGCAUAGUGGCUAAAGCACAGAGCUGUUAAUCAGAAGGUUGCUGGUUCGAUCCCCACAGUCACCACCAUUGUGUCCUUGAGCAAGGCCCUUAACUCCAGGUUGCUCCGGGGGGAUUGUCCCUGUAAUAAGGGCUCUGUAAGUCGCUUUGGAUAAAAGUGUCUGCCAAAUGCAGAAAUGUAAAUGUAAACUGAUUUUAAUGUAAUUGUUUCAUACGUUCUGAUAUUGAAAAUGACGUGUUUACAGCAUCAUAGAUAAGUGACUAUAAAAUACCAAUAUUUUAUAUUCUUUCUGGCAGACAGCCAUGAAAGGGAAUGUAAAUGAUGGUAUGUGUGCUACAUUUUUAAAUUGCAUCGCUUUCAUAGCUCAAUAUGAGAACUUGAGUAAGAAAAGAGAACUUGACUUGCGGCUUAUCUUUAUCUGGUUUUCUGUCUGUCACUUCCUGAAGUAUGAAAUAAAACCUUGAACACAGAAAAUGCUUGGUUAAGAACACACAGAAGAAUUGAUUUGACAGUAUGGAGUCCAGAGCGCUUCCUCUCUUAAUCUUGCUAAUGUCUCUCGGCUACCUUGGACACACUGAAGCAGAACUCAUACCUGUGUUGCACGUAGAGCCUGAUGAACAUGUGUUCAGAGGAGAGACAGUCACUUUCACAUGUUACAUACACACAGAAGUAUACACCAAGUGGACAUACAGCUAUAUCAAGAAUGGAGAAUCCUCAGACACAUCAACUCAAGAGUUCAAGAUCAGAACUGUUAAUGAGUCUGAUAGUGGAAACUACAGCUGUAGAGGAGAGAAACCAAGUGACCCAGCAAUAUCAGUCGUCAGUGAUGCUGUUACACUGACUGUUUCAGUCCCACCAAAACCAACUGUGACUGUGAUGCCCCAGAGUUCAGUGUUCACAGGAGACACCGUUAAUAUGAGCUGUGAGUUCACACACUCAACUGGAUGGAUGAUUCUCUGGUAUAAAAACGGAAAACAAAUAAAUGCCGAUUCUGCACAAACUGUAACAUUGAGUGAUGUGAAAGUGUCUGAUGGAGGGAAGUACCACUGCAGGUCUCAAAGAGGAAACUACUACACACAUUACAGUCAUGCAGCUAUGAUAACAGUAUCUGAGAGACCCAAACCUGUAGCAGUGGCACCCAGAGAACAUAUUCAGAGCAGUGGCACCCAGAAACCAGGCUUGGGUGUGCCAGGGGAAAACUGGUGUCACAUUCAGCAGUUACAUCAGUUGAAGACCGAAGUCAGUAUGCAGUAA